CUGUUUCGGUCUUGGUCGCCGGCAUGGAUCUGGUUUUAAAUCGUGCGGACUACGUGCAGGUGGGAGUGACCUCUCAGAAGACUAUGAAGCUACUGCCUGCCACCAGACAUCGAGCUACACAAAAGGUGGUUGUUGGAGACCAUGAUGGGGUAGUUAUGUGCUUUGGCAUGAAAAAAGGAGAAGCAGUCGCAGUGUUCAAGACUCUACCGGGCCUGAAAAUUGAGCGGCUGGAGCUAGGAGGGGUUCUUAACACACCGCAGGAGAAAAUUUUUGUUGCUGCAGGAUCUGAGAUUAGAGGCUUCACAAAGAGAGGAAAGCAGUUCCUCUCUUUUGAAACAAACCUCACUGAAAGCAUUAAAGCCAUGCACAUAUCUGGCUCAGACCUCUUUCUCAGUGCAAGUUACAUCUAUAACCAUUAUUGCGACUGCAAAGACCAACAUUAUUACCUUUCUGGGGACAAAAUCAAUGAUGUCAUCUGCCUUCCAGUGGAUAGAGUGCCACGUGUUACACCAGUAUUGGCCUGCCAGGACAGAGUACUCAGAGUUUUACAGGGAUCUGAUGUGAUGUAUGAAAUUGAAAUUCCUGGCCCACCAACUGUUUUAGAACUAUAUAAUGGAAAUGGCGGUAACUCAGGAGAAGAUAUUCUGUUUGGAACAUCAGAUGGAAAGCUUGGGCUUAUUCAGAUCACUGCAUCCAAACCAGUACACAAAUGGGAAAUUAGAAAUGAGAAAAAGAGGGGAGGUAUUUUGUGUAUUGACAGCUUUGAUAUUUUGGGUGAUGGUGUUAAAGAUUUACUUGUUGGAAGAGAUGAUGGAAUGGUGGAAGUCUAUAGUUUUGAUAAUGCAAAUGAACCUAUUCUAAGAUUUGAUCAGAUGUUUUCUGAAAGUGUCACAUCUAUCCAAGGCGGUUGUGUAGGGAAAGAUGGUUAUGAUGAAAUCGUGGUAUCUACAUAUUCAGGCUGGGUUACAGGUCUCACAACAGAACCCAUUCAGAAGGAAAGUGGACCAGGAGAAGAAGUAAAAAUAAAUCAGGAGAUGCAGAAUAAAAUUUCUUCUUUACGGAGUGAAUUGGAACAUCUUCAGUGUAAAGUAUUGCAGGAAAGAGAGAACUAUCAGAAGUCUUCUCAGUCAAGCAAAGCAAAAUCAGUAGUGCCUUCGUUUAGUAUAAAUGACAAAUUCACAUUAAAUAAAGAUGAUGCCAGCUACAGCCUUGUUUUAGAGGUACAGACUGCAAUAGAUAAUGUCUUAAUACAGAGUGAUGUUCCAAUAGAUUUACUUGAUGUGGAUAAAAAUUCUGCAGUUGUUAGCUUUAGUAGCUGUGAUUCUGAGUCAAACGACAACUUUCUGCUUGCCACUUAUCGGUGCCAGGCAAAUACCACAAGGCUGGAGCUCAAGAUUCGUUCAAUUGAAGGCCAGUAUGGCACGCUUCAAGCAUAUGUGACUCCAAGAAUUCAACCUAAAACCUGUCAAGUCCGCCAAUACCAGAUAAAACCUCUUUCACUCCAUCAAAGAACACACUUUAUUGAUCAUGGCAGACCCAUGAAUACGUUGACCCUAACAGGCCAAUUUAGUUUUGCUGAAGUUCACUCCUGGGUGGUAUUUUGCCUGCCUGAAGUUCCUGAAAAACCUCCUGCAGGAGAAUGUGUGACAUUUUACUUCCAGAACACCUUCCUGGAUACACAGCUUGAAAGUUUCUACAGAAAAGGAGAAGGAGUUUUUAAAUCUGACAACAUUUCUACUAUAUCCAUCCUAAAAGAUGUGCUCUCUAAAGAAGCUACAAAAAGGAAAAUUAACCUCAACAUAUCAUAUGAGAUAAAUGAGGUGUCAGUCAAACACACUUUAAAGCUGAUUCACCCAAAGCUGGAGUACCAGUUGCUUUUGGCUAAGAAGGUACAAUUAAUUGAAGCUUUAAAAGAAUUGCAGGUUCAUGAAGGAAAUACAAAUUUUCUGAUACCAGAGUAUCGCUCUAUUCUCGAAGAGGCUGAUUAUCUGCUGGAAGAAUACAAAAAGCAACCUGCACAUCUUGAACGACUUUAUGGCAUGAUCACUGAUCUUUUCAUCGAUAAGUUUAAGUUCAAAGGCACCAAUGUAAAAACCAAGGUACCUCUUCUGCUGGAGAUCCUGGAUAGUUACGAUCAAAAUGCACUGAUUGCUUUCUUUGAUGCAGCGUGAUGUGUCACCAAGGUAAAGCUCCAAAGAUGUAGUCUUAACAGAAAUGCCAAAACAGAAUUGGAGGCCAUACAUGCUUCUUACUGCAGAUGCUUUUUGAUGUCAAGUAAUUUAUUAAUGUAUCACCUAAAAAUGUGAGACAGUACUUUUUAGUAAUACUUCUAUUUUGAUAAAUGAACAUUUUUUUAAAAAUGCAUUUUUACUUUUGAAGCUCAAGGAGAAUGGUUGUGAGGGUUUGCUUUGUACAUUUUACUAAGUGAAUGCUUUUAUUUUCAAAUUGAGAAAUAAUAUAUGGAAAAUUAAAAUGUAUUCAAAUUUUGUGCAAGCACCUACACACUUAAGUUUAAACUACUUUAUAGGUUUCUAGGCAUAUUUUUAUGUAUUCCCUUGUUUCCACAGCUGG